ACACACACUCACACACACUCACACUCACACAGAUGCAGACAAAGACACUGUAAGAGACGAAGGCUUGAGGAUUUUUACCAAAGAUACAUCAGCUCUUCAUUCUGGUCAGUAAUUUGACUUAAUUCAUGAUUUUAAUAGGUUGUAACAUUUUCACUCACUCUUAGAGUUCGUUAUUCUUUGCAAAUAUUUUCAUAUAAAACCUUUGACGAAGUAAAUUUGGAUUUCAAUUACUGAGUUAACCCACAGGCACGUUUUUUUAUUUUUUAUUAUUUUUUUUACUGUUUUUAAGAUGACAGGAUUUUCCAGAAAAAGUUUAAAUUCACUGUCGUCCAUCAGCUGUUAAGUGAAGUUGAAUAAAAUGGUUGACUGACAGCAGAAAAUGGCGUCCUUCCUGGUUUCUGUUGACGCUCACUCUUCCUCAAAGAGAUCUGAAAUAUUUCUUUCUGUGAUCAGCAGAGUUCAGCGAUUGCAGGAUGAAACAGCAGAGACUUUUCCCGGCCUGUUUGCUGCUGCUGUGGAGUCUGACAGGUAAACUAUUCUUUUUUAAGAAAUUAGACAGAAAUGUCAUAAAAAUGUCAAACCUUAGUUUGGCUUCUGAAAUAAAACAUGUUUGUUAGUGUUUAACAGUAAAAUUUCUAAAUAAUGGGGUUAGAUUUGUGUCAAAAUCAUGUAAAACUGUGCAGAAAAUUAAUCUACGUCUCUUUCACUGUCAGCUGUGACAAACCUAUUGUAACUCCAUGAUGUCCUGAUAUUGUUCUGUUGUGUUGUUACAGUGUCCCAUAAUUUUGAGCUGCCAUGCUGACUUUAUCCUUAUAGACAAAUCUUGUAGGUAGCUGUAAAAAUGCAUCUCAUUAUUCAGAAAUGCUGACAUGAACUGGGAAAAGAUUGCUCUUCUGGUUGUUGAAUAUAUGAAAAGAAAAAAAAUCGAAAAGAUUUACAGCCCCCCAAAAUUUGGAUUUAAGAUCUUCAGUCUUGUCUUUGAUGGUUUCACUUUUAGAUAUAAUAAAAAAGGCAUCAACAUGAAUUUUAGCCUUUUUUCUCAACACGUAAAAACUCCUCACAGGAGCUUUAAUAUGCAUCAAAAGUCAAAGCGCUGAUGGCUGUGAAGUUGGAGCGCCUGGUCGCUGGUUCGAUUGUUUCCUGUCUUGGUUCAGCAGUCCUACCAGAAAAAAGACAGACAUGCAUAGAAAAUUUAACACAUGCUCUGUGGACACAGGUGGUGCAUAAAUGACAUAUUUCAGACAAAUAUAACCCCUAAGAAAUCCCUGUUCAUGGCAGCAUGUUGACUGGAUUAUUCUACUGGAUGAUUGUCUUAAAUCUGAAUUUUAUUUAUUUUUUCCAUCAAAGGGGUGCUAACAGAUCCAUCAUCAACCGAGUCCAUUCAACCUAAGGUGACAACUGUAUCUGGUGGCAUCAAGUUAACGUGCACGGACAGGAAAAUAAUGGCCAUAGACAAUGGAAUAGCACAAGAUUCUCUGCAACUGGAAUACAAAGAUGAGAACUCCGGAGAAUACACGUGUGUAUCCAAGGACAACGGAGAGCCUGAAGGAGAAAAAAUGUUUGUGAAGUUUAGGAGUAAGUUCUGCAGAAAAGAAACGAGUUUGGCACACUUUGUGUGAGUGUGUGUGUGUGUGUGUGUGUGUGGGGGGGGUAAUUGUUAAUAAUUGUUAUUUUGCUUCAAAGACCAAUUUGCACAGAAGUUUUCACUCAUACACGUGUGUGUGUGUGUGUGUGUGUGUGUGUGUGUGUGUGUGUGUGUGUUCCAGCCUGUGACAACUGCAUAGAGCUCGAUGAGGGCUCAGUUGCGGGGAUAGUUGUUGGAGAGGUGGUGGCCACGACCGUGAUAGGAGUUGCCGUCUACCUCAUUGCUUGUGCUCAGACUCGGACCGGUGCAGACAAAUUGGACAAGAAGAGUAAAUCUGUCUGUCUGUCUGUCUGUCUGUCUGUCUGUCUGUCUGUCUGUCUGUCCGUCCGUCCGUCUAGAAUAAGAAGAAAGCUUUUAUUCAGUUUGUAUUUUUUCACACUAGCCCACUUUCUCCAGGUACAGCUUAUCAUUUCAAUUUCAAACACAUGCAUAUUUACCUGAAUUAUUAUUAAACCAGGACGCCUGAUCACCAUUUGUAACCUCACUAACAGUCAAAACGGACCGUCCUGUUUCCUUCAGGUAUCAGCAGAUAAUAAUGUCACUUCCGAGUCAUUCGGCCAUUGCAUGUUGCUGCUGUCAGCUAAUAAAAUCAAUCAAGCUUUACUUCAACUUUACAAAUUGAAGUAUAAAUAGUUAAAAGAAUAAAAGAAAAGUAGAGACAAAAGUUUAAAACACAUUUCCCAACCUCUGAGGUCUCACGGAUUGCAUGGGUCAGAGUUUACCAAAUGUAGUAGUUGUUACUGUACAGCUAAUAAUUUAACACAUCCCCUAUCCAUCAGCAUCCUGCAAAAAGUGAUCUGCACCAAUGAAGAAAAGCAAGAUUAACACAUAACAACAAAUCUGAGCAUUCUCCAUAGACAUGCAUUUACCUCAGUGGGUGAUGGUGAAUAUGCACACAGCCCCUGAAUCUCUCAAAGUUACGCACAAGAUAACUAUCAUGCAUGGUAUCAUCACAUGCCUACAAUUAUCAUACUGUGUAAACAAGAUAAAAUGUCUCCCUUUUAGGCUCCAUACUACUAUUGUAAUAUGUCUCUUGUCCCUUCAGGCUCUGACAGACAGCAUCUCAUCCCACCUGAGAGGAACACUAGAGCCCCUAACGACCAUUACCAGGUCAGAAAAAAUGAGCAGGACUUUUAUGUUUGCAUUUGUCACAUGAAAAGAUUUGACGCUGACUUUUCUCUUUAUUCACUCCCUCAGCCUCUGAAACACAAAGGUGGUCAGAAAGACACCUACGACGUGCUGAACAAGAGAUAGAUGGAAGUCAGCUUUCAGCCUCCGGCCAUGCAUGCGUAGAAAGACUGGCUUUAUUUCUGGCAGGCUUAUUUCUCUGUUUUUAGUAUUACACUGUUUAGGCUUUCCAUCUCUUAUCACUGGUGUAGCCGUAAUUUGUCACACAGUCACCGUUUUGUGACUGUUGCUGUUGUUUUAAUUUCGAAAGGUCUUGAAUUGACCCAUGUGGUAUCCCCAGUAGUCUGUUUUCUCCUUUCCUUUUUUUCUCCUGCAAAAGUCACUGUAGAUGCUGAAUUUAAAAUAAAGUUUAAAUUUCAUUGAACAAAACUGACUUUCUCCGAGUUCUGUAAGGGCGUUCAUACUUACUGCUCAUAAUAACUUGAUUCAUUUGACUUAUCCCAAAAAACUGAUGGAUAAAACUACAUCAAAUAAACAGAGAGAGCAACCAAACUGGAACUCCUGAAAAGUGCAAGUGCCAUAGCAUUAACCAGGGAUCCCUGGAUGCCAGAAAUAAUCUGUCAUAUUGACACUGUUUGGACCUUUCUGACUCAUAUAUAUAUCUCUUAUAUGUGUGACAGCAUUGUCCUCUGAGUUAAUAAAUAAAGCUGUCUCCUCCCUCUACAUCGUGGUUUCAAAAGUGUUAAUUCAAGGGGAGAAAUAAAGUAGGAAAGUAGAGUUAAAUUCACUGUUAUAAUUCUCACAAAGUUACAUAUGGAGUCAAAAGGAAGCGUGUCCAGAGGACAAUGUUGCCAAUAUAGCCAACUAGGGUGCAUUAUGGUGUUUUGACAUAUGAUAAAGCCUACAUUCUAGGCUGACUUAUUUACUGUACAUACCUGAGAUCCUGCACUUGAAGCAUUCAGCCUCAGAGCACCACUGCUCUGGUCUGCCACCUUUGUAAAACUGCAUAGAGUUUGGUAAAAUUUCUUGACUACUAUGAUUUUGUUUAAAUUUUCUCUCUCGACAUGCCAAUCAUCUAAUCAUACUCCCAUGUCAAAGGGAGGCCAGAAUGUUUUGUAAAAACAAAAAAAAAUGUUAAAGAAAAUAGGUUUUGUAAAUGCAAAAAAGUUUUGUAAAUAAAAAAAAUACAAAAUGUUUAA